GAAGAAAAUAACCCGUCAGUGGAGAGAAGCUGUGUGCGAUUGGGGAUAAGUCUACCAACAAAAUCCGUCUCCAUCCUUAUGUUUUUGGGCAAUAAUGAUACCCAAAAUACGAAGAGCAUAAUCUACGCGUUUCAUACUAUCGGACGACAUCGAUAUUAUAUGUCUUCGUUUCUCAGAAAGAUUUAAAAAGGAUGGUGAAAUUUGCAUCGUUACAGUGGGUACUGGGAUCCUGGGGGCGGGGGAAUGUGAAUUAAGGGGUUGGAAACCAGUAAAAUAAGGUGGAAUAUUUGCCGAGGUAACGUAAACAAACGGCUAAAAGCUUUUCAUUGUUAGGUACUGCUAAGGUACAAACGAGGCAACUGAAGGAGCCAACGUUUGCUAGAAGCGAAAUGGAGCUGAGAGUGGGCAACCGAUACCGACUGGGCAGAAAAAUCGGAAGUGGAUCUUUCGGGGACAUAUAUUUAGGCACAGACAUUUCAGUGGGUGAAGAGGUUGCGAUUAAGUUGGAAUGUGUGAAGACCAAACACCCCCAGCUCCACAUCGAGAGCAAGAUCUACAAGAUGAUGCAAGGAGGAGUGGGCAUUCCAACAAUUAAGUGGUGUGGAGCAGAAGGUGACUACAAUGUGAUGGUGAUGGAGCUGCUGGGGCCCAGCCUGGAGGAUCUCUUCAACUUUUGCUCCCGCAAGUUCAGCUUGAAGACAGUCCUGCUGCUCGCUGAUCAGAUGAUCAGUCGCAUUGAGUACAUUCACUCCAAGAACUUCAUCCACAGAGAUGUGAAGCCUGAUAACUUCCUGAUGGGACUGGGUAAAAAGGGCAACCUGGUCUACAUUAUCGACUUUGGCCUGGCUAAAAAAUAUCGUGAUGCACGCACACACCAGCACAUCCCCUACCGCGAGAACAAGAACCUGACUGGCACUGCACGCUACGCCUCAAUCAACACACAUCUGGGGAUUGAGCAAUCAAGGCGCGAUGACCUGGAGUCCUUGGGGUACGUUCUAAUGUAUUUUAAUCUGGGCUCGUUGCCUUGGCAAGGCCUCAAGGCUGCGACCAAGAGGCAGAAGUAUGAACGAAUCAGUGAGAAGAAAAUGUCCACCCCCAUUGAGGUGCUUUGCAAGGGAUACCCCUCUGAGUUUGCAACCUACCUGAAUUUUUGUCGCUCCCUGCGCUUCGAUGACAAGCCAGACUACUCCUACCUCCGGCAGCUCUUCAGGAACCUGUUCCACAGACAGGGCUUCUCUUAUGACUAUGUAUUUGACUGGAACAUGCUCAAGUUUGGAGCCAAUCGUGCAGCAGAGGAAGCAGAGAGAGAGCGCCGGGACCGGGAGGACAGGCUGAGGCAUGGCAGAAACCCAGGGCCCAGGGGAAUACCUGCUGCAUCAGGAAGACCACGAGGAACCCAAGACGGAGCUCCUCCUACCCCGUUAACACCAACCUCUCACACAGCAAACACAUCACCUCGACAGGUGUCUGGAAUGGAGCGUGAACGAAAGGUCAGCAUGCGACUGCACCGCGGCGCUCCUGUCAACGUGUCAUCCUCAGAUCUAACAGGGCGGCAGGACACUUCACGCAUGUCCACCUCACAGAAUAGUAUUCCCUACGAGCAUCACGCCAAGUAGACGCUCGCCACGUCCUUGUGUGACGGCGGCAACACUGGAUGAUGUCUGGUGUACCGACUGCUGGUCUUCAUCUUCUAGCUCCUCGAUGAGCCCCCACAAUGCACCCUGGCGGACCAAGCCCUAUUCACUCGGAAACAACCUGACAUACUAAUACUACUGUUCAUUACUACUACUACAGCUACCAUCGGAGGCCAUAUUGUGACUAGGCACACACUGUUGUCUGAUGGACUGCUCUCAGUACUGUUGGCACCUUCACCUUCACACUCACUCACUCACUCCGCCCCCCUCCCUCCCUCCCCAUUUCUGUGUGUAGGUUUGAUCUCCCUAACAUUGGAGCUCAGGACUGUUGUGUUUACUUUGUCAGGAACUCCCCCAAUCCCAAAAGAAAGAAACACCACCAGAUUGUGAAAGGGCCAGACAUGGCAGCCACUCGUUUCUGGGACACUGACACUGACUGACUGAGUUAAGGCUCCUUCCUCUCCAGAAACAUUUGUCAUUGAUGACCCUACAUUUCCAUUGUCACUGUCUGCUAGUUCAUACCUGAUCAAUAAAAUUGCUUUUCUAUCUUUUGCAGUAAACACCACCAACUUUUUCUGUUUUUAAUGAUCACCACCACCACUGAUGGCUCUCUUCAGUAACUAGAGCCAUUUGUAUUAAAUAGAAAGUAAACACUUGUUUGCAUGUUGUAGAGGUUAGCCUUCAGCGUCAGUUCAGAGGCUUGAGUGUUAGUUGAACCCAUGAAUGUACCAAAAAUCUAAUUUGGUAUCUUGGGUGCAGGAGGUCAAGUAGUCACUCAUGACAAGAUGUUCUGUCUGUUCACCUCCAGGCUCUGGUAUACUGCUAAAUGAGCUGUGUUCCCUUUAUUGUGUGUGUACAAAAGGAGUGCACUUUAUAGAGGGAAGGGCAUCAUAUGACACAUUUGACCAGAUGUCCAGUCACUGUGUACAGAUAAACAUUCUUGUUUUUCUUAUUUGUAUAAUUUUGAAGCUGUGAAUUCGUUGUAAUAUUGAUGUGUAAACGUUUGCUCAUCUGUAGGGACAGGUCUGAACAUGACUUCUAAGGCUUGCUCCAGGAACCUAGCUGCAAGUUUGGGCUGCCAUAAAUGUAGUCAUCUUCCCAUCAGCAUACCCCCCUGAGAGCCAUGGGCUUAUUAAACAAACCAGUGGUGAGGGCAGAGAUGUUGCACUGAAUUUUAAAGACAUUUAGUGUGACAUCCUUUGCUAUCACAAAGGAUACUGCUGUCAGUAUUCGAGUUUUAGUGAUCCUGCACCAAUGUGGCUAACAGAGAUAAUUGCCAAGGGCACUGAAAAUGCAUUUUCUGUGAAUCCCUUUUAAACAGAUACUGAAAAGAUUUUUAUUGAGAGGAAAACUUCAUCCUUUUACAGGCUACUCCAGCAGCAGUGGAUUAUUUUUUUUUAAAUUAGUAAACAAUUUGUUUGACUCUUUCAGCUUUGAUAAAUAACUGCCAUGUCUAUCAGAAUAAAAUGGCCUGUUGUAAUUCAUUAUAACUGCUGCUCAUUCUCUAGUUUUGGAUUUUUGACCCUUGACUUCUUUGGUCAGCCGCGCUACACCUAGUGAAUUAUGUAAGCAACGAGAUUUACUUUCUCACAUUUAUAUUUGCCACUGUAUUUGUGUACUUAAACUGUAAAUAAAUGAAUUACUUGUA